GCCUCCGCGGCCAUGCGCGCGACCUCCUGCACGCCGUGCCUGCUGGGGCGCGAGGCGCUCGGCGGCCCCCAGGCGCUCCUGGGGAAGCCGAAGCCGCGCGCCAAGGUCGUUGUCUUCGCGGAGCCGGCCAGGCCGCAGGAGCAGGCGCUGCUGCCCGCCAUCGCGCUGCGGGGCGGCGACGCCCCGGACGAG